GCUCCCUAUCCAGUAGACCAUAUACGGCUGUGGAAUGGUGGACUAUAAAUGGGGCAGCUGUUUUCUAAGUCAGUGCACACACGUACACACACACACUGCUGAAUACACCGACUGAACCAGGAUGUCCAUCACUAAGAUUCAGGCCCGUGAGAUCCUCGACUCUCGAGGAAACCCCACUGUGGAGGUCGACCUUUACACAGCCAAAGGUCUCUUUAGAGCUGCUGUUCCCAGCGGAGCCUCCACUGGUGUUCACGAGGCUUUGGAGCUCCGAGAUGGAGACAAGACCCGCUACCUGGGCAAAGGCACUCAGAAGGCUGUAGAUCAUGUCAAUAAGGACAUCGGUCCCAAACUGAUUGAGAAGAAAUUCAGUGUGGUCGAGCAGGAGAAGAUUGAUAAGUUUAUGCUGGAACUUGAUGGAACUGAGAACAAAUCUAAGUUUGGUGCUAACGCGAUCCUCGGUGUGUCUCUGGCGGUGUGUAAGGCGGGAGCAGCGGAGAAAGGAGUUCCCCUUUACAGACACAUCGCUGACCUCGCAGGAAACAAGAACGUCAUCCUGCCUGUACCUGCGUUUAAUGUGAUUAACGGAGGUUCUCAUGCUGGGAACAAGCUGGCCAUGCAGGAGUUCAUGAUCCUGCCAGUGGGAGCGAACAGUUUCAGCGAGGCGAUGCGAGUUGGUGCUGAAGUUUAUCACAACCUGAAAAACGUCAUUAAAGCCAAAUACGGAAAGGACGCUACCAACGUGGGGGAUGAGGGGGGGUUCGCCCCCAACAUCCUGGAGAAUAACGAGGCAUUGGAGCUGUUAAAGUCUGCUAUACAGAAGGCAGGUUAUCCGGAUAAGAUCAUCAUCGGGAUGGACGUUGCAGCGUCGGAGUUCCACAAAGCAGGAAAAUACGAUCUGGACUUUAAAUCUCCCGACGACCCAAAACGCUACAUCACAGGGACAGAACUGGGAGACCUGUACAAGAGCUUCAUCAGGAACUACCCAGUGAUGUCCAUCGAGGACCCGUUCGAUCAGGACGACUGGCAGAACUGGACGGACUUCACUGCUUCAGUGGACAUCCAGAUUGUAGGAGACGACCUGACGGUGACGAACCCCAAACGCAUCCAACAGGCCGUGGAGAAAAAAGCCUGCAACUGUCUGCUGCUCAAAGUGAAUCAGAUCGGCUCAGUGACCGAGUCUAUACAGGCUUGUAAGCUUGCGCAGUCUAACGGGUGGGGUGUGAUGGUGAGUCAUCGCUCUGGUGAGACUGAGGACACGUUCAUCGCUGACCUUGUUGUCGGAUUGUGCACUGGACAGAUUAAGACCGGCGCCCCCUGCAGGUCAGAACGCUUGGCCAAGUACAACCAGCUUCUGAGAAUCGAGGAGGAGCUCGGAGACAACGCCAAGUACGCUGGCCGAGACUUCCGUCAUCCCAAAGUGAAUUAAACUGGGGACCUACAACAUGCUCAUGACAUCACACACACACACACACACACACACACAUUCUGACAGAGACUGUACUGGUUCCUGAUAAAAGAACACUGGUAUCAAAUUAGUUUCACAUUUUGAAAUAAAAAAUGAGCAAUGA